UUCAGUGUGAGAAACGUUUUCUGGGGAGCACGCAGAGAAAAUGUCGCCGCAGUAAAUUAAAAAAAAAAAACAAAAAAAACACAACAACACGAGAAGAAGAAGGAGAAGAACACUUUUUUCCCCCGUCUUGUUUUUCUUGUUGUUGCAGAGGAGGACUCCACAUAAAAAAAGUCGAGCAGAAGAUUGCUUUGCUGAGGAGGGGAAAAAAAGGUGCAAGCGCUAAAUCGAGCAGUUUCGAGGGGUGGUGCAUGGAAGAUGUCUGGAAAACGCGACUGGACUCCAUGGAUAAGAAAAAGAAGCGUCCCCGUGUUGUGCGCUCUGGGCACAGUUCUGCUAUGUUGCCUUCAGAGCAGCGCUUCAGUCGCUGAUGAAGUCCCGGAGUUCACCGAGGAGCCCGUCUCAGUGGUGCAGAAGCUCGGAGGCAGCGUGAGCCUGCGCUGCGCCGCCCGCCCCGCGUCCGCCUCCAUCAGUUGGCGCCUGAACGGCCGGCAGCUUGUGGACGGAGACCUCGGCGUGGCGCUGGGGCCCGGAGGCUUGUUCAUCGCCACGCUGUCCAAUGUGACGUUAGGCCGCUACCAGUGUGUAGCCAGCAACCGGGUUGGGGCCCUGGCCAGUGUGCCCGCUGACGUCACCGCAGCCAAGCUGCGUGACUUCGAGCCCGACGACCAGCAGGAGAUCGAGGUGGACGAAGGCAACACGGCCGUAAUCGAGUGUCACCUCCCGGAGAGCCAGCCCAAGGCGCAGGUCCGCUACAGUGUCAAGCAGGAAUGGCUGGAGACAUCCAAAGGGAACUACCUCAUCAUGCCAUCAGGGAACCUGCAGAUCGCCAACGCCACACAGGAAGACGAGGGCCCGUACAAGUGCGCCGCUUACAACCCCGUCACCCAGGAAGUCAAGACGUCGUCCUCGGCCGACCGCCUGCGCAUACGCCGCUCCACGUCGGAAGCGGCCCGCAUCAUCUACCCGCCGGCGUCGCGCUCCAUCAUGGUGACCAGGGGCCAGCGGCUGGUGCUGGAGUGCGUGGCGAGCGGCAUCCCGACGCCGCACGUCACCUGGGCCAAGGACGGCCAGGAGCUGCGAGUCCACAACAACACCCGCUUCCUGCUCAGCAACCUGCUGAUCGACGCAGCCGCCGAGGGAGACUCGGGAACGUACGCCUGCCGGGCCGACAACGGCAUCGGCGCCGCCGUCGCCGCCACUGUGCUCUACGACGUGCAAGUGUUUGAGCCUCCUCAGGUGGCGGUGGAUCUGCAGCAGCAGGAGGCGCCGUUCGGCGAGACGGUGCGCUUCACCUGCCAGGCCCGCGGCAAGCCCGUGCCCGCCGUCACGUGGCUGCACAACGGCGUACCCCUGUCGCCGUCGCCGCAACACCGCCUCACAUCCCGGAUGCUGCGCGUCGCCAACGUGGGCCCGCAGGACGAGGGCCUGUACCAGUGCAUGGCCGAGAACGGCGUGGGCAGGUCGCAGGCGUCCGCGCGACUCAUCACCAUAUCCACUGGGAUUCCACCCAGGGCCAAGCUGCCCCCCAUGUAUCGCCCGCUCAGCCCGGACAAAGUUCUGAGGGAGCAGCCGCCCGUGAGGCCCGGCGCCGCGGGGGCCACAUUGCCUCUGGACUGCGCGACGAUACCGGGUCAGAUCCUGCCCGCCGAGGCGCCCAUCAUCCUCAGCCAGCCUCGCACGGGCAAAGCCGACUACUACGAGCUCACGUGGAGGCCGCGGCACGAGCGGGGAGCCCCUGUGCUGGAGUACAUGAUCAAGUACAGAAAGGUGGGCGACCCGUUGGCCGAGUGGACGUCCAGUAGCAUCUCGGGCUCCCUGCACAAGCUGACGCUGGCCAAGCUGCAGCCGGACAGCCUCUACGAGGUGGAGAUGGCAGCCAAGAACUGCGCCGGCUUGGGCCAGCCGGCCAUGAUGACCUUCAGGACGGGAAAAGGUCGUAAAGGAUUAGGAGGUCAUAAUGAUCUGCCUAAAACUCCCGCGGUUCCGUCGCCAAGCCUUUCGCCUCCUGAGGCGCCGGACAAGCCGACGGUGUCCACGGCGACGGAGACGUCCGCGUACGUGACGUGGAUCCCGCGCGGCAACCGCGGCUUCCCCAUCCAGUCGUUCCGCGUUGAAUACAAGAAAGUGAAGAAGGCGGGAGAGGACUGGGUGACGGCGGUGGAGAACAUCCCGCCCUCGCGGCUCUCAGUGGAGAUCACUGGCCUGGAGAAAGGAACGUCAUAUAAGUUCCGGGUGGUGGCGGUCAACGUGAUCGGGUCCAGCCCGCCCAGCGCCCCCUCCAAGGCCUACACGGUGGUGGGCGGGAGGACCCACGAACGCCCCGUAGACGGACCCUACAUCACCUACAACGAAGCCAUCAAUGAGACCACCAUCAUUCUUAAGUGGACGUACACGCCGGUGAACAACACGCCCAUCUACGGGUUCUACAUCUACUACCGGCCCACCGACAGCGACAACGACAGCGACUACAAGAAGGACGUGGUGGAGGGCGACCGCUACUGGCACUCCAUCGGCGACCUGCAGCCCGAGACGGCGUACGACAUCAAGAUGCAGAGCUUCAACGAGAAGGGCGAGAGCGACUUCGGCAACGUGGUCAUUCUGGAGACCAAGGCCCGCCCCCACCACCACAGGCCCGCCCCCUCCGAGGUCCCCAAGCGCGACGUGGGCCGCUCGGCGGGCGGCCCGGUGCCUCGGCCCGGCGACCUGCCCUAUCUCAUCGUGGGCGUGGUCCUGGGGGCCUUCGUCUUCAUCAUUGUCGCCUUCAUCCCCUUCUGCCUGUGGCGGGCCUGGGCCAAGCAGAAGCAAAUGUCGGACUUGUGCUUCCCUGCCGUGGCCGCACCGGUGUCGUCGUCGUGCCAGUACACUAUGGUGCCCCUGCAGGGUCUGGCCCUGGUGGGGCACUGCCCCGCUGACGGCCACCUGACGGUCCCGCACGCCGUUUACCCUCCCAGCGGAGAUUACGGGCACAACGGCAAAGCCCGCCACAACCAGCACCUGACCCGUAGCCUGCGCCCGGAGGAGGCGGACUGCGACACGGAGUGCGACACCUUGCUCCCGCACGGACUCGCCAAUGGGUACUUCUCCGCCAGACAUCCGGACGGCUACGAGCAGACGUUCCGGUCGGCCGACGAUUCCUCGUGCCGGAUUCUAGCGUGUUCCCGUCACCUGGACGGCGCGCAGGACGCGGACGCAGAGGAAGAGGCGCUUUCCCAAAAACUGGCGUCUUUCCCACCCGUCGUAUCUCUGGAAGAUGAAGGAAUUUUCACCGCGUCGUCGUCGACAGCCACGACGCCGCGAUCCCAAGACGCUCCAGCACAGGAAGCCGACGUCCUGCCCAGUGAAGCGAUGUACGCGUAAUAACAACAAAAAAAGACUGUUUAAAAAGAAAUCUAUUUAUUUUUGUAUCGCAGAUAUUUAUAUAUUUAUGUCUUUGUACAUACUGUAUGUUUGAUAACUGUAUAUAAGGUUAUUUUCAUAUUGAAAGAGGCUCUAUUCACAAGUCCCACCCUUUUGUCACCAGCUAUUAAAUAAAAAAAAUCUUUUUAUGCACAA